UGCACUUGAAUUUAAAUAGAUUUUAUAUAAAUCUCAAUCGUUUCUAAGGUCAUUUAGCAUGCGUUUCUCUACUUCAGCUUCAAAAUGAAAUUUUAACGAAGCUAAUACGAUUUUUGUUUGACUGAUUUUAUGGAUUUAUUUCUUUUCAUUAUGAAUAAGUGAAACAAUUGUACAAUAAGCGUUCAUUCCUCUUACGAAGCUUAAAUAUUUUUCCCCUUUGAAUUUUUUCACAGGCAUUGGCAAUUGCGAGGAUAGAUGGCAUGCUUCGUGUUGUUUCGCCGGAGUGUGGAGUCGGCUGAGAUUCAGCUGUGUUUACGCAGUUGGUUCAGUUCAAAAUUACUCUGAAAAGUGCGGUUUGGAAUGGACCAAAUAAUCAGUUAUCUAUCAAAUUUAGGGUAUCAUGGCAAAACUGAAAAAAUUGUACUUGAGCGAGCCUUCAGUGAAGGGCCUCCUAAUAUGGCUUUCAUGGACAUAGUUAUCUGGUUAAGUUCUGAACUUGCAUCUCUUUGUGAAUUAGAAAGUCAUGUCAGUCCAGUUAGUGGUAAUUCAGAUGAAGAAGAGGUGGAGACAAGAGCUAUUGGAUUUCUUGUUGAAGUUAGCUCUUUGCUGAAAGAACUAUGUUGCCCUAUAAAGCGAUUAACUCGUGGAUCUAUAGAAUCUCGACUGAUUGAAUCAGAUGACAAAAUGCUUGUUAUUCGUAUGUGUUCAUUUCUUCAUUAAAAUAUAAUUUA